GUGCUCGCGGAGGGGAGCCAUUCCUCUCUCUCUGCACAGUCGGGAACAGCGAGACGUUCAGCUAGAAGCCCGGGCCGGGCGAGCCAGGCAGCACCUCCUCCCCGCCCCGUCGGGACGGAACGGCGAGCGAGCCCUGGCGCCGGAGAGCGAGGGCUGAGUCGGCGCCGUCCUGCAGCCCCGCGCGCCUGCCGCCCGCCCGGCCUCUCUAAGAUGGCGGCGCAGGGAGGCCGCCGCGUUCCUCUGUCCCGGCCUUGGCGGGAGGCGCGCGGGCAGCGGGCGCUGAAGCCCGGAGGGACCUUCCCGCCCGGCACGGGCCCGGGGUUCCGGAAGCGCCCGGGCUCCCGCGAUAAGGCAUCGCAUAAGGCAGAUGCGAGUGGAAACGCCGCUGGCAACACAGCAACGACAAAGUGCGGGAGAGGAGAGAAGGAAAAAAAAAAAAGGAAGAGCUAGAGAGGGGAAAAUAAAUAAAUAAAAGCACUCCGGCACAUCCGGGACUCUCCUACCGCCCCACCCCGGAAGUGAUGUAUUAAACGAGGCUGAGGACACAGGGCAUACUUCAAAGUGGAUUCUUCGCUCCUGCGUGUCUUCCCACAAAGUGCUCCCGAGAACUCCCUCCGACGGGUCAACUGUGACCCUGGGGUGCCUAUGAAGGCAACCAGGUGCCUUUGUAUCCCCACGGAGGGUCCCCUUCGCACUGCGCCCCCUAAAGCUGCCCUCUUCGCGGCGUUCGCUGCGGAGGAGCGGCGACUGGCCUCGCGGCCUCUCGCGCGACCUCAGGGCAGCUCCGCGAGCCCAGCCUAGGCGCGUGGGGGGUCGUACAGCCACAAACCCGGCUCCUUCAGCCCCCUGCCGGGCUCGUUGCUGUCACUCAUCGCAUGGCCCCGCCCCUUCCGGCGGCCGGCUGGGCCCGCCUCCUCCCCUCUUCCCUCCCCCAGCCCUCCCCGUUGCGAGUGUCUCCCUCUCCCUCUCACUCCCUCUCUCUCGCUCCCUCUCUCUCUCUUUUGUGAGUUAUAGCAACCGUUGCCUUGUGAAUCAAGCGCCAUAGUCACCGUAGUCCUGGCGACUGUUACCCAUCAACAACAACUACUCCUCUCCUCCUCCUCCUCUUCCUCCUCCUCCUCCCCACCACCACCAUCUCCAUCACCCACCAACAACACCACAAUAAUCCACAGCCAAGGCUUGCGGAAAGGACCCAGGACAGCUUCAGAAAUAACUCAGCUUGCAGUUAUCUGUGACAGUUGUGGCACUCCAAAGAGUUUUUUUCCCUCCCCUUCUUCACCUUCUCCUUCUGUGUUGCUUUUACCUGUGAGAGUUGAAAUUGAAGUCAAAUUGUUCAUAAAGAAUGUAUGAGGCUUCUCAACUUGAAACAGACCAUCAUGCAGACAUCAGAGACUGGGUCAGACACAGGAUCGACAGUGACUUUACAGACAUCUGUAGCUAGUCAAGCAGCAGUGCCUACACAGGUGGUACAGCAAGUGCCAGUGCAACAACAGGUCCAGCAGGUCCAGACUGUGCAGCAAGUACAACAUGUGUAUCCAGCUCAGGUGCAGUAUGUGGAAGGCAGCGACACCGUCUAUACCAAUGGAGCAAUCCGGACAACAACUUACCCUUACACAGAAACCCAGAUGUACAGCCAAAACACUGGAGGGAAUUACUUUGACACUCAAGGGAGUUCUGCACAGGUGACUACCGUGGUCUCGUCCCACAGCAUGGUGGGCACUGGUGGGAUACAGAUGGGCGUCACAGGAGGACAACUCAUCAGCAGCACUGGAGGAACCUACUUGAUUGGCAACUCAAUGGAGAAUUCUGGUCACUCGGUGACACACACCACUCGCGCCUCCCCAGCGACAAUUGAAAUGGCGAUUGAGACGCUGCAAAAGUCUGACGGUCUGUCCACUCACAGAAGCUCUCUUCUCAACAGCCAUCUCCAGUGGCUGUUGGAUAAUUAUGAGACAGCAGAAGGAGUUAGCCUUCCCAGAAGCACUCUAUACAACCACUACCUUCGACACUGUCAGGAACACAAACUGGACCCAGUCAAUGCUGCUUCUUUUGGAAAACUAAUAAGAUCAAUUUUUAUGGGCCUGCGAACCAGGAGAUUGGGAACUAGAGGAAACUCCAAGUAUCAUUAUUAUGGGAUCCGUGUCAAACCAGAUUCUCCUCUUAAUCGUCUACAAGAAGACAUGCAGUAUAUGGCUAUGAGACAACAACCCAUGCAGCAGAAACAAAGGUACAAGCCAAUGCAGAAAGUGGAUGGGGUUGCAGAUGGUUUCACAGGAAGUGGUCAACAGACAGGCACAUCUGUUGAGCAAACUGUAAUUGCCCAAAGUCAACAUCAUCAACAAUUUUUAGAUGCAUCUCGAGCACUACCAGAGUUUGGAGAAGUUGAAAUCUCUUCUCUGCCAGAUGGUACUACCUUUGAGGAUAUCAAGUCACUGCAGAGUCUUUAUCGAGAGCACUGUGAGGCAAUACUGGAUGUUGUUGUGAAUCUUCAGUUUAGCCUAAUAGAAAAACUGUGGCAAACAUUCUGGCGCUAUUCUCCCUCUACUCCAGCUGACGGCACUACCAUAACGGAACCAAGCAAUCUGAGUGAAAUAGAAAGUCGACUUCCGAAAGCAAAGCUGAUAACUCUGUGCAAACAUGAGUCUAUCCUGAAAUGGAUGUGUAACUGUGACCAUGGGAUGUACCAGGCUUUGGUGGAGAUUCUCAUCCCCGACGUCCUUAGACCUAUUCCUAGUGCCUUGACCCAAGCCAUUCGAAAUUUUGCAAAAAGCCUUGAAGGUUGGCUUUCCAAUGCUAUGAACAAUAUUCCACAGAGAAUGAUACAAACCAAGGUUGCCGCUGUAAGUGCCUUUGCCCAGACUCUGCGAAGAUACACGUCACUCAAUCACCUGGCCCAGGCAGCUCGCGCAGUGCUUCAGAACACAUCUCAAAUCAACCAGAUGCUCAACGACCUCAACCGAGUCGACUUUGCCAAUGUCCAGGAACAGGCUUCCUGGGUGUGCCAGUGUGAUGACAACAUGGUACAGAGACUUGAAACAGACUUCAAGAUGACCCUUCAGCAGCAGAGCACCCUGGAGCAGUGGGCUGCAUGGCUUGACAAUGUGAUGAUGCAAGCACUGAAACCCUAUGAAGGAAGACCUAGCUUCCCAAAAGCUGCCAGGCAAUUUCUGCUAAAAUGGUCCUUCUACAGCUCAAUGGUUAUUCGGGACUUAACCUUACGCAGUGCUGCUAGCUUUGGCUCCUUCCACCUGAUCCGUCUACUCUACGAUGAGUACAUGUUCUACUUAGUAGAACACCGUGUUGCUCAGGCAACGGGAGAGACACCAAUAGCGGUCAUGGGCGAGACAUACCUUGUAGAUGAAAAAUAUACUCCUAUCAUGGAACUCUUUAUAAGCAAACUUCCGAAUUUUGGUGAUUUAAAUGCUGUGUCUCCAGGAAAUCUAGAUAAAGAUGAAGGCAGUGAAGUGGAAAGUGAAAUGGAUGAAGAACUUGAUGACUCCUCAGAACCCCAAGCCAAAAGAGAGAAAACCGAGUUGAACCAGGCAUUCCCCGUGGGCUGCAUGCAGCCUGUCUUGGAGAACAGCGUGCAGCCAAGCCUCCUGAAUCCCAUCCACAGUGAGCACAUCGUUACAAGUACUCAGACUAUCAGGCAGUGCAGCGCAACAGGAAAUACGUACACUGCAGUCUAGAGAAUAUUAAAGCAUAUUUUUCCAGCUAACAUUAACCCUGUUGAUAAUGGGCUUAAGUUGAAAAUUUAAUAAGCCUGAAGGUCGACUGUUGUCAAAUUCUAUCUGUGCUGAACAUUUCCUUUUUGGAGUUGUGAAAUGGAAUGGGUGUAUGUAUUUUGCCAGUCAGUCCCCCACUCCUUUUUUUUUAACGUAAAAAAUUAUUUGUCUUUUAAUGAUGAGUUUUCCCCCCUCCCCCUUAGUUUCAGGUGUCAAGAAGGAUUUUUACAACACUUGAUGUCUUUGUUUUCUUAUGAUGAAAAAGUAAUUUACAUUUUUGUAGCUUAAAAUAUUUUAUUGUUGAGUGUUAGUCUUGGUGUAUGAUUUCAUGUGUAAGUUUUUAAUUAGAUGCACUUCUGUGAAAUAUCAAAAGAAAUGAAUUUUCUUUGAUUUACACUGGAGGCAUGCCCAGUUGGCAGCAGAUGCAUCAAAUUUGCUUUUGAAAGGUGCUUUUCAUUGGACAGAACCACAAGACACUAUUUUGAUAACAUUUUGGAGUAUGGAGAGAGAAUACAGAGCCUUUUUAUUAUAGUGCUAGAGGGUUGGGGAGGUCAUCUAUUUUUCUCUGAAGAAAAAUUGGGCUGUGCAUUUAUCAGUUCAGUGUAAAUGACAAAACUGCAAGAGAUUAUGCUAAUAUGUACAUAUUUUGUGUACAUAAUUAUUAAACCACGUUAAUGCAAGCUUCCGUUAAAUAUUGAACUUUAACUGUUAUCUGCAUACCAAUUCCUCUGUUUAAAGACUACUGAUUCUGUACUUGGGACCACUGCACAGAUGCAUUCUGCUGUUGAGUGGGGCUGUUAUAGUUAGAUAUUGAAGCUGAAAAAAAAAAUGACUUGACUUUUUUUUAAGUGUACAUGCUACUUAUGCUGAGCUGGAGAUACAGGAAACCAUUCCAUUUGGAUGACUUUCUUUUAUUCCAGGUCAUUUUCCUAAUAGUAGUUCAAUGUGCUGCUAUUAUAAAAAAAAAAUUAUAGAAUGCAAGGAAUGUAGCAACCUGCAUAUCAUUAUUUCCUUCAAAAAUAUUUACUGGUUUCUAAAGUAUGUGGAUUUAAAUUUUAAACAGAACCUGAAGGCAGUGUAACUGGCACACCAUGCUGUUGCUUAUCCCCAAUUCUGUAGGAUUGGAUAGGUGGCUGGAUGGACCAGUGCCAUUGAAGAAUGUACAUCAGGGAUCAUCGUACCUCGGCGAUUACAUGGUGCCUUAAAACAGAACUGAAGCUAAGGUUUAGUAAGGCUUAUUUUGUUCAUGAGAAUUCUUCUUCAAUCCACUUGACAAGGUUUGCUUGUCAUUUUCAGAUUCCCCAAGUAAGGACAGGUGACAUGUUCUUCAAAGGAAAUUUAGGGACAUCAAAGCAAAACAGAAUGACAAAAAAUAAUAAUAAUAAUCACUCUUUGAGUGACCGUGAACCUUUUUAAUUUUUUUUUCCUUAGAGUUGAGUAUUACUUGAUUACAAAUUGAAUUGCUUAAGGGUGUAGAGUAACAAACUAGUUUUAAUUACCAACUUGUUACAUAAAAUCAUGUAUGUUUUAGGCCAUUCUUAUCGAGCUGUAGUUUAAGAAAGCUAACAAAAUUAGCAGGUAUUUAAUUGAAGUGCAUCUUUUCAGUCUGCAUGUUUGUCUGUGUGUCUCACUGUCUGUGUGUCCACAGGCAUACACAAGUGCCUGUGGCCACGAGUCAGCUACAAAGUCAGAAGGUGAGAUCCUAGAGUGGAUGCACCAUCCUCUUUCUAAUUUGCAUGAAAAGUCAAGGUUCUUUUAAGCACUCAAAUUAUUAACAAAAAAAAAAGUAGGCACAUUCUCAUAUUUAAAUAGGUAUAACAAAAAAAACUAAUCAAAACAAAUACAUAAAGCCAAAAAUAGGGAAAGCACAAAAUGAUACAGAUUAUUAAUAAGGCCUAUAUUAAACUUAAGAUGUUUUUAUCUUUCCAGUUUUAGGGGGAUAGGGGGUGGGGGGUUGGUAAGAGGAGGGUGAGCCAACCUGUAAAGUUAAAAAUACCAAAUGGCUUAUCGGGUAAUAUAUAUUUCAACUGCUAUUGCUCGAUUGCCUUAGACUAUUCAAAUAACUAAGGUCAACAAAGUUUCUUAAGCAAACUUCUAAGUGUUUUAGAUGUAAUUUUUUAAUCAAUUCAAAUAUUAUAUUAUACAACACAGUCAUAUAUGUAAAAGUCUUCACUGGCUUCCUAGCAUCACCUUCAUCUAAAUAGCAUUUAAGUGAUCAUCCAUUCCCCCUUUAUCUUUCCCAAAAAAGCAGUUAACUUGCACCAUCACACAAAAGGCAAAAUUUUAAAUAAUAACACCCUAAGCUGCAAAGACUAUUUUGUGUACUUCUUUGUGCAUUAGGAAACAUUUACAGGUAAAGUUUAAAUGGGGUGAAAAAGAAAAACACUCUGUAUUUCAAGUCUCCUUUCUAAAUCUUUUUGCUCUCCUGUAUCCCUCUCCCAGUCCCCAGAACUAUACUGUGUCUGUGUUAGGCCCAGAUGUAUUUACUGGUUUCAUAUUGUUUUAUUCAAUGAUUUUAUGUAUAUUUAGUCAAAGUUUCCUUUAAUUUAGUGUUUGGAUAUAUGUGUAUGAUUAGAAGAAUCUGAUAAUGAGUAAAUUUUUAUUGAUGGAAGUUAGGUAUUGGGGGCCCUCUGGGAUUCAACAUUUCUUCCAGUUGUUUAUGGUUUGGUUCUAAAUUAGAACAGAUUGGACAUGAAUGAAUAUUAUACUCCAUCUUGACUCACUAAAAAUAUCUUUUGUAAAAAAUUAGAAGUAGUUCUUUGAUACUGGUAGAGAUGGUUCUGAUAUCAAUGAUCCAUGCUACUUCCAGUUAUUUGUAGUCUACAGUAAGAUGUACUUGUAUGCGCGCGCGCACACACACACACACACACACACACACACUAUGUGUGUCAUAUACAGUCACACAUAUCCAUCUUUGGUGAUUUUGAAAGCUCUUAAGAUAUAUUAGAUUAAAACAAUCAUACUGAAGCAAAUAGAGUUAUCACAUUCAGUGCAUUUGUUGAAUGUUUUCUAAAUAUUACAUACUAAAACUCAACAGAGUGGAUGUCUUGAUAGGUACACAUUUUAAGGACUUAUGUGCAUUGACAUUGUUAUCAAACACUAGUCAUGAAAAAUAGCUACAAAGACCAAAUGCUACACUUGUAAUGAGGGAAACUAAAAGGAAGAUUAUUUUUAAGUUUUGGGGGGGGGUAUCCCACAUAAUAUGAUUGAGUGUAAUGAGAUCUUCAAAUAUUCUUUGAGAGUCAUGCCCAAGAGACUUCCAUUCAUGAAGCCAGUUAACAAUAGGGUGAAAUGGGUGAACCACCUCUUCAGGACACAGGGCCCAAUUUAAUUUUUUUUCUUUGGAUAUCAAGUUGCUGGUCACUUUUCAGGAUUUUCAUCCAAACUAUGUUUGGACUGACUGUAUAAGUCUUACUGCCUUUUCAGAAAUCUGCUUUUCUUUUUGUGCUUUUUCUUGUACUGUAUAGCACGGUUCAUGCACCUCUCUCUAGAUGGUGUACUUUAAAAACAAAAGUAAGUUUUAGAAAAUGGUUUUAACACUGCAUACCUAAAAUUAUUAGUGUGCAACAUUGACUGCCUUUGAUUUGUAGUAGAUGAGUGAAAAUGAAUAUGUUCUUAUAGAAUGCUGUCAAAGUCAUUCAGGAAUGAGUACAGUUUCAUUACUGUAAUCAUGAACCUUUUUACAUGAGUGCACUUCCUAGAAGUGUUAAACGUGAUGCAUUUUCAAGUUUUUAAAAAUUCCUCAGAUGAUAUAUUUGAAAUGUCUAAAAUAAUGCUGUGCUUGAAACAUUAGUGUAAAAGGAAAAAAAAAAAAAACGUGUGUCACUGUGAUGUUGGUCCUCCUUAUGUGGACACGAGUAGAAAGUGAAAAACUCUGGCAAGUCACCUUUGUAUACAGUUAGAGGCAGUGGUUAUAGACUAAAUUGACCUCCUCCCACAAAUUCUUGGCAAACAAAAGCUACUAUCAACAAAGUUAAAAUCAGAAAUUUUGAUUUGUGUGGAUCACAUGAGAACAUGGGGGAGACAGGUUGACAUGCAGUGCUAUUAAAGAUUGGGCUUGUCACAGGGUCAGACCAACCUUCAUAAAUAUGAUUAGAACAAGUUAACUAAUGAAUCCUUGUACUUCUGCAAGUUUGGUGAUUUAAAAAAAAAAAACUGGAAUAGAAGCAUUAAUUCAGCGCUUAGUUCUAGUAUUAGAAGAGCCCUUUGAUGUAUUGCCUUGUAUUAACCCUUUGAGCAUUGUAAGAUAUACAAUGGGGGACAAAAGCCUUUCAGAUCAUUUAUUUAGACUUAGUCCGGUAAAAAUAUACUCUAUAUCCAAAUGUAUAAUUAUACUGUUUUUUUUAAGGGGGUGGGGGGAAAGGAAGAGAAAGUGUUUCCAAGCUGAACACUUGCAUUUUAUAUACAACUCUUAAUUUUCUUCAAGAGGGCUUGAUAUAUUUAUUCCCAAAUAUUCACUGCCAUCUAAGUAAGUGUACUGUUUACAGAAAAAGAAAAAAAACACAACUUUUCUAGCAUCAUGACACUAGAAAAGAAAGACAUAUAACAUGGGUCUGUAGACCUAUGUCACAACUGAUCCCUGCACAUUGAAAGUACCUACAUUGCCUUUAAAAGGUAUGAUAAAGAAAGGGUUACAUUUCUUUUUUUCUUUCUUUUCUUUCUUUCUUUUUUUUUGCUUUGUCCAAAACAAAAUAAAAGAUCUCAUGUAUCCAGCUUUAGAAAGGAUCGUCGUCAUAAGUGAAGCCUUAGGCAUAAAUGAGUUCAGGUGAUUAAAGAAAAGCUGAACUCUUGGGGGGCAAUGAGACCUUGGAGUUAAAUCCUGUAAAUUGCUGUUUGGAAAUUCCAGAGAGGGCAUAAUCUUAAUCUAUGCUCUAAAACCUUGGGACUUUGUCAAAGUAAAAAGAGAGAGAGAUUUAUAUAUAUACAUAUAUAUAUAUAUAUACAUAUAUAUAUAGGUAGAAUGGAGAGCAAAGCACUUGAUUUUAAGCUCAUCUGUCAGGAGAUGCUAUGUGGCUGCUUCUGAUAUUUAAAAAUGUCAGUCUGCUUACACAGUUGCUGACUUUGUUCAAGGAACGCUCCCCAUGUUCUGGACCUUACUUGUCCCCUGUGUGAUAGAACAUGAGACCAGCAUACUCUGCAGAUGUGCUUGCACUGCCUGAGCUAGGCACCACUAAGAGUGUACCCCACUCUAAUGUCUGGUGAAUAGACAUCCAUAACAUAGUGCAAGUUUGUCAUAACGUUGCUUUUUUUUUAAGGCAGUUUAGGAAGUCAAACCAUUGCAAAUUACUCAUGUGUUAACAUGCAAUACUCAAAGGGUUUUAAUUUAACUCUCUUCUUUUGAAUUCUUCAUGAUGAUUUACUGUAAAUGCUUCUCAGUUUGCAUGCCUUGAUCAUUGCUGCUAGUGAUUUUAUGUGCCAGUAGACCUGAGUUUAGUUUACCAAUUUUACUUAAAUAGUAAAAGCCACUUACAAAGUGACUGCCUAGGAUUUUUUUUUUUUUCAUUUGAAGUAAUUGGUAAUGUGUCUUACUUUGGGGAAAAAAAAAGUGUUUUGUCAAUCUUUUCUAAUUUGGUUCUUUUUUCCCUCUUUUUUUUAAAAAUAAAUUAUGAUGUUGGGAUUGGAAGCCCUGAGUAAUGAAAUCUUUGGUAAGAAUUGUUUAUGUAGCUCAACAAUGAGGACAACAAAUCUUUGUCAGAAGAAUUAUGAUUCUGGGGAGGAAAGAGAAAAUGAAAACUCCCAUUGACUGUUGAUAACCAAGUAAAUUUCUUCUUCAAUGAAUUAAUAGUUUUGAACAAAUGAUUGCCUUGUUUUCACCUGCUAAACACAAUUUUAAAUGACUUGAUAAAGGAGGAUUGAAUUUUAUUCAUUUAAAAAGCAUCUUUUGUACCAAAGCAAAUUUUUUUCUCUACUCAUCUCCAUCAUCAAUUGGGACCUAUGGUGGUGACCAAUGCGUUGGUUACAGAAACUUUAAGUGAGUGCCUUGAGAAAACUUGGAAAUUUGUGCCUGGGGUGGUAAACUUUUAAUUAGGUUAAUUGUAGUGCUUACCAAUCAGUAAUUCUACUAUCACUCAGGGCUUUCGUACCUUCUAGGUAAAAAACUUCUUUCAUUGUGUUUUUUUAAGAUACUGUAUUUUUUUUUAAGUGCCAUCAUUUAAAUUUCACUUAGUAAGUGGCAGAUUACAUUAUUCAGUCCCACAAGCACAGAAACAUAGUAACACUAGGAGAUAUUUGAGCAUUUAUUUUACAAUCGACUGAAUAUAUUAUGUAAAUGAGGUAAGCAACUUUUGUAGAGAUUGUAUGUGUGAGAUAAUGUAAUGUUCUUUUCCAGUUUUUGGACUACAGUUGAAUAAACUUUUUAAUUAUUUAAAAACAUCUUUACCGAAUAACAUGUGAUGGUUUUUUGUAUAAUGUAUUUGAUUUUGUAAAUACGUAUUUCCUGAUGUGAUUUUUGUGAGAAAUGCUAAAUCUUUUAGUAUAUCAUGUCCUCUCAAAAUUGGCAGGAGCUAAAUAAUAGUUUGUGGGCAAUUUGUAUUGUGUACUGUACAAUAACUGGGGAACUUUUAUAAUUAUAAAAAUAUAUAUUAACUUUUAGUGUGUUGUUUAAACAAAUGACUGGAACAUACUAAAGAUAUUAGUAGGAUUUUUCUGAAUAUUUCAGACUUGAACUCAGGCUAGCUUUCUUGUGUUUUUCAAAACAAAAUGGUGUCUUGUCUUUUAAAAUCAAUAAAUUUGUUUCCUUGUUACAAAUA